AUGGUGAGGGUCGGAGAGCUCCACUACAACACGAUUUCCACCAGUGAGAGCAAGAAGGUUUUACAUUCCUCUGGGGAAAACAUGAAGGUUAAUUUUGCCCCUCUAGUCGUGCCCUUCCACAGGAGGCUACAGACGGCCGCGGUGCUGCAGUGGGUCUUCUCCUUCCUUGGCCUGGCACCCACUUGCAUCUUCCUGUUCUUCUACCUGCUGUUCACUCGCUUCUGGCUGGUCAGUGUGCUGUACGCCGUCUGGUGGUACUUUGACUAUGACACCCCAGCACGCGGAGGCCGCAGGGCUCCAUUUUUGUGUGGCCUCAAACUUUGGGAUCACAUGCGGGAUUACUUCCCCAUCAAGUUGGUGAAGACAGCUGACUUGGAUCCCAGGCACAACUACGUCUUCGGCUUCCAUCCCCAUGGCGUGCUGGUGGCCGGAGCCUUUACUAACUUCUGCACCUACGCCACAGGCUUCAGACAGCUGUUUCCUGGCCUCACCAGCUACCUGCUCAUGUUGCCCCUGUGGUUCAGAGCCCCGUUCUUCAGAGACUACAUCAUGUGUGCAGGUCUGAUUCCUUCAGACAAAGAGAGCGCCAGCUAUCCGCUCUGCAGAAAGGGUGGCGGUAACGCUGUUGUAAUAGCAGUUGGUGGGGCCCCAGAGGCCCUUGAUGCCCACCCUGGGACCUACAAUGUGAUGUUGGCCAAGAAGAAAGGCUUCAUCAAAAUGGCCAUGGAGCAUGGAGCUCAUCUCGUGCCAGUGUUCUCCUUUGGAGAGAAUGAAGUGUUUGAUCAAGUGGAAAACCCGAGAGGAACGUGGCUUCGAUGGAUGCAGGAACGGCUACAAAGCAUCAUGGGCAUCUCCCUGCCUCUCUUCCACGCACGAGGCAUUUUCCAAUACUCCUUUGGUCUCAUACCCUACAGAAAACCCAUCAAUACAAUAGUUGGUCGGCCAAUUAGGGUGGAGAGAAAGGAGAAGCCGAGAGCUGAGGAGCUUGACGCCCUCCACCAGCUGUACAUGGACGAACUCAGCAGUCUGUUUGAGGAGCACAAAGGCAACUAUGGAGUGGACAAGGACACACACCUGAUCUUUGUCUAGACUGGACUGAGGAU